GUCACUUACACUAAACCACCACUUAUAUAUAUAUAACAUACCUUAUACAACUUUCUUCAUAUCCAUUUCGAAACUUAAGAUUUUGUUAAGAAAUUCAGCUACAACAAUGGGUUCUCUUAUGGCAGGAUGGGACUCUCCAACCUUGGAUCCUCAAUCAGCAUUAAUAGAGAGGAAUCGAUCGCUCACCAAAGAAGAAAUUAAUGCUUUCUGGACAGCGAAGAAGGAGACAGAGUUAGAACACCUCAAAGCUAUUUCCAAAUUAUCUCAGACUAUUCAGGCCCACGCAUUCAACGAUUCAGAUCAUCCUCAGAAUGUUGACAAAAACAGUUUGGAGCAGCUUAUGAACAAAAGUUGCUGGUGGACUAAGAGCAGGUGGGCAUUUCUAAAUGAACCACCAUUGAUGGAAGGUUCUUCCAACAACUAUGUUUCACAGUUUGAUGUGGCUAAGUUGGGAUCAUCGAAAACUAAUACCACAAAUGGAGUUAGAGCGUGACAUGGAUAUUUGUUAAUUGUUAAUGUUAAUUACCUGUGUAUUGAAUAUGAGUAAUGCCGUCUGUUUUGUCGUAAGAAUUGUAUAUAUAUGGUUUGUUUGAAAAACAAUUUCGUUUUACUUUGUGGUUAAGGAAAAACUGGCUUCUUUCUUUGGUGCCGGAUAUAUACCAUACGGGAAUAAUAUAUUCUCAUA